ACAUGACACCGGCUCCUACCAGUAUCCCAGUGAACCCUUCAAGCACAUGUGCAAGGCCCUGAGUCUGUGUGUGUGUUAUGCUGCCGGACUUGGAGGUAUCGGCUCUAUCACUGGUUCCUCUACCAACCUGGUCAUGCAGGGACAAGCAGAUGCAAUUUUUGCUGCCUAUGGCCUGGAGUCUGGAGUGAACUUCCUCACCUGGAUGAUGUGUUGUCUGCCUGCUGCAGCUCUCUGUUUACUGGUGGCCUGGUUGUGGCUGGUCUUUCACUUCUUUGGCUGGAGAGAACUGCUGAGAUAUGGGUGUGGGGACCAGGAGCAAACUGAGGCUACAAGAUCAGUCGUCAGGGCUCACUUACACAAGCUAGGUCCACUUUCGUUUGCAGAGAAAGCUGUUGUGGGACAUUUCAUUGUGCUGGUUGUUUUGUGGUUGUCCAUGGAAAUCCCUGGUGGAGUUGGAUGGGCUUAUUUCUUCAAACCCGAUUUCGUCAACAACUCCACACCUGGGAUUCUAAUUAUCGUGUCCAUGUUUGUGUUUCCUAGUGAAUGGCCACGUGUCUUCUGUUGGUUCAAGGCAGACAGGGGCCCCCUGAGAUCAGUACCGGCAUUGCUAGACUGGAAGACGGUCCAGGCACAGUUCCCCUGGGGGACUUGGUGCCUGCUUGGAGGAGGGUAUGCAUUAGCAAGUAUCUGCCAGGAUUCAGGUUUAUCUCUGUGGAUUGGAUCACGUCUGUCAAUGUUUGCAGCUAUGGAACCAUGGCUGAUGGUGCUGAUCCUCACAAUGGCCAUCUCCUUCAUGACAGAAAUUACCAGCAAUGCAGCGUCUGCCAGCAUCUUAUGUCCCAUAUUGGCAGAGUUGGCAAUAUCACUACAGAUGAACCCGCUGUACCUGCUGUACCCAGCCGUGCUAGCCUGCUCCAUGGCAUUCAUCCUUCCUGUAGCCACGCCACCAAAUGCGAUUGUGUUUGCCAUUGGCCAUGUCAAGGUUCAGGAUAUGGCAAAGGCUGGAUUCAUCCUCAAUAUCCUGUGUGUCCUGGUAGUCAAUGUGGCAGUCAACACUUGGAUGACUGCUCUCCUUCACUUGGACCAGCUACCUCCUGCUAUGUCCAGGAGUCUUCAGAACGAAUCAUCACAGUAUUUGUCCAGCGCCUAUCCUGCCUUUAACACAACUGCUUACCCUGUAUAG